AUGAACAAAGCCGAAUCCAAUGGUCUCAUCAAUGGUAUCCAAUUCUCACCAGAAGGUCCAUCUGUUCAUCACCUUCUAUUCGCCGAUGACAAUUUGUUUUUGUGCAAAGCUGAUUUGCCCCAAUGUGAAGCUCUAAAGAACAUUCUCAAUGCUUAUGGUAUCGCAACUGGUGAGUGCAUAAAUGUUAUCAAGUCCUCAGUUACCUUUGGCGAUAAGGUGGAGGAGGAAAAGAGGAAGGAUUUACAAAAGACUUUAGGUAUUUUUGCUGAGGGUGGGGCAGGCACAUACUUGGGCCUCCCAGAAAGUUUCAGUGGCUCAAAGAUCCUUCUGCUGGAUUACAUCAAAGAACGUCUUAAAUCAAGAUUCUCAGGUUGGUUUGCUCGUUCAUUAUCUCUUGGUGGUAAAGAGAUUCUUCUUAAGGUGGUGGCAAUGGCGACUCCAGUAUAUGCUAUGUCCUGCUUCAAGUUACCAAAAGCUACUCUUUCCAAUCUCACCAGUGGUAUGUCAGAUUUUUGGUGGAAUGCAGUUGAGCACAAAAAGAAAAUUCAUUGGGUUAGUUGGGAGAAAAUGUGCCUAUCCAAAGAGAAUGGAGGUUUAGGGUUUAAGGAUCUUGAGGAUUUUAAUCAUUAG